UCCGGCUCAGGCUAUGCGUACCCGAUGUCCUCGGAGACAAAUAUGCAGCAGACAUCCCCUCGGAUGGGCGUGAAGGGCGACAAGGCGCGGGACCCGCGGUCACCGCAGCAGAUGAACAGCCUGCCCCAGAGGAGGAUGAGCCAGGUCACCAGCCCUGGCAUCUCAAAUCCGCAGACCAUCAUGAACCACACUGCUGGCCGGAAUGCUGUCGCGCCUCCGGUUCCCCCGGUGCAACAGCCCCAGUCGCCUGAGAUGCCACAAGGCGGACAGGAGGAGUCACCCCUCUACGUCAAUGCCAAGCAGUUCCACCGGAUCCUUAAGAGAAGAGUGGCGAGGCAGAGGCUGGAGGAGGCGCUGCGGCUGACCAGUAAGGGCCGAAAGCCAUACCUUCAUGAGUCUCGCCAUAACCACGCCAUGCGCCGACCUCGAGGUCCUGGUGGCAGAUUCCUGACGGCGGACGAGGUUGCUGAGAUUGAGAGAAAGAAGAACGAGAGCGCCGAGGUCAACAACGAGAACGAUGAGGAUGGUGGCUCUGCAAAGUCGGGGACCAAGAGGAAGUCCGUGGCCAGCUCGGACACGUCCAACAAGAAGGCCAAAACUGACACGGACAGCCUAGGGGAUGAAGAUGAGGAUGAGGAAUGAUGGAGAUGGUCAACAAGAUCAGUCCUUCCUAC